CAAAAAAAAUAGGUGGAUUAAAAGCCUCCCAGGGACACUGUGGGCUGUUUUGCAAUGAACAGGUCCUCCCGCAAGUUCAAGCCAUUCUAUUUGUCGCACACGUUACCAUUGUGAUUUUUAAUAUAUAUAUAUAUCUAAUACAUUGCAAUUGAUUUAAAGCCACUCCUGGACUGGAUCUCCCUGACACACAAAUAACCUGCCAUGUGAUGUCAGUCACUGUCAUCGCUUCCGGGUUAGAGAGAAGUAAAUGUGGAGUCGUUGCUCCUCUCCAGCUCUUGGCCGCGAAUGAUUGCUCCGGAAGACUGGAGUUGCAUCGUCUCUGCCUCUGUGCAGCGCGGCGGUGCGGGUGGAAUCGCGCCAGACCCGACUGGUCCUGAGCGCCCGGUGUCCUGUCCCGGGCAGGAUCGCUCGUGCCGGGGCUCUGACCGGGACGGAGCGUGGAGCUGCAGUGGGGUGAUCCUGGACCGCAGGCGUGGGGUGGUCCUGUGUCAUGGGCUGAUCUUUCUCCCCUUUCUCCAGCAGCCGGACCGCGACCUCACUCGCGGGACGUUCCUCCUGCCCGGGGCAUUCCACAAGGAUCUGCGGGUUCAGGUGCAGUUUUCCAGAAACGAUUGCAAACCCAAACAGGUUCUUCCAGUUCGGGAGAAUGAUGCAACCGGACAGGACUUUGAUGAUCCCGCAUCGGGUUUCAAGCCCAGUUUGUCUUGGACUGCUGGUCGCCUGACAGAUGCACAACUCCCCCAUAGCCAGGCUGAGAUGCUGAUGUUGUGCUCUUGCCCAGAAUUUAGGCAAAUCUUCCGAACUUUGUUCAGCAAAUUAGACAAGUGGCACUUCUACAGCGAGGAAGAAAAAAGCGAGUGCGGUAAACUUCAAAAUGACAGCCUGGGUUUGGUUUGGUUUGGUGUGUUGCAGUGCCCAGGUUGGCAAGAUUGCCCGGGAGGAGAUCAUCCCCAGUACAUUAGUAGCACAUCUUUACAGAAAGGGGAACCUCUAUUCACUUGUGCUUCCCCAUUUGCCUCUUUCUCUUCCCACAUUUUCAUGAACACUUUCAGUAAAGGAAUAGUGAGUAAUCUUGCAGGAGAAGACAAUGCCAUGAUAUUAACUGAUGCCCGCUGUCUGCCGGGCACCGAAGGCGGUGGCGUUUAUAUAAAGUCGAAAGAUCUGUAUUAUUUAGCCGGCUUAAUUGUGGCCCCUCUUUGCUGGAAAGCCAAUGAGUGGAUUGGGUUGACGUUGGUGUGUUCAGUGGGUUCCAUCAUCAAGAAUAUUGGAAGGUUUUUGAAGGUUUUUGACUACAGUGGUAAGAGAAUGUUGCCAUUCUGGACAGUGCCUGACUACCUGACUAUCCCAGGAAGGCACAGGUUAACUCAAUUGCUUAGCACAGUAGCCCUGCUGGAGAGUGGAAGAGUUUGGGGAUCAGGAGUGAUUAUCAGCCCCAAACUGAUUCUUACUUGUCGACAUGUGUUAAAUGGAGAAUCAACUGUGAAAGUGAAAAUACACCCCGACUCAAACAGGUGCCUUGUGUUGAAGGGAAGAGUCUUGUUUGCUACAAAAGAUAAUUCGGCUUAUGAUGUGGCAGUGGUGGAACUUGAAGAAGGUCUGUCAGCUGUUGAAACAAUUACAGCUGCCUCUGAAUUUAAUACCGGAGAGGAUGUCUACAUUGUUGGUUAUGGAGUCUUUGGCCAGCGUUGUAGUGCAUCUGUGACUAGUGGUGUUGUGUCUGCUGUAGUUACUGCCGCCAGUCAGCCUGUGAUGCUUCAGACAACGUGUGCCGUCCACGCUGGAGCCAGUGGUGGACCUAUCUUCAGAAAAAACAGCGGUGAAUUGCUGGGAAUUGUAUCCAGCAAUGCCCGAAAUAACACUGUGGGAGCCAGUUACCCCCAUCUGAACUUCAGCAUUCCUAUCACAGUUCUGCAGCCUCUACUCUCUGUAUACACCCAAAGCAGGGACAUCAGUGUCUUUGAGACACUGAACACAGCAAAUGAUAGAUUGCAUGCACUAUGGAGACUCCAAGGGAGACUUUCAAGUUUACAGAAGAGUAAAUUGUAAGUGUAUGGUGAUGCUUCAGAUCCAAAAGUUAAUACAUUUCCUUCAUAACCCAAAGAUUUUUUUUUGCAAGAAAGUUAAAAGUCAAAUUUAUUUUUAAAAAUUGUGAAUGGCAUUAUUAUUCAGUAUCCUGACCAAGAAGUAGAACACAGUAGUGUUAAAAGCAGCACUUUUAAGAGUUAAGUUCUGGAGUAAAGUAUUAGGUUUCAGGUGAUUAUGCUUUACCUGACCUACUUGCCCUGCAGAUCUCUCCCAGAUGCUCCUCUGAUCUUUCUGAUAGAAAUAGGAGUAGGGGUGACAGGUGCUUAAGAUAGGAUCUAAAAGUGAUCUUUGCUGAAUAUAUUGACUGUUUCAAAGUGCUUAUUAAGUUUUUUAAAUGUGUUAAAUUUAUGUUAUUAAAUCUUUGUCCCUUGCUCUCAUCCAUGCUUAUUUAGAAUUGGUAGUAUUUUUUGUGAUCAGAUCGUAAUUGCAGCUCCGAGCAUUCCUCUCCAAUCUUCUCGGACCACAUUGGGAAUGGGAGGCAUCUGAGUUUCUGAUCCUCUGGUACUCUUUCAUCAAAAA